AUGUCGACAGCUUCAAACAGUAAAAUCAAUCAGGAGCAUGGAAUGAUUGGAAACAUGAGGACUGCUGCACUAGUCUCAAACGAUGGAUCUAUUGAUUUCAUGUGUCUACCUCGCUUCGACAGUCCAUCGAUCUUUGCUAAAAUCCUCGACGUUGACGCAGGACAUUUCUCAAUCCAACCAACCACAAACGAUGGAAUUAACGCUAAACAGCAAUAUCUACUCGCUACAAACAUCUUGCAAACACGAUUCUUGUUUGAUGAGGGUGUCUUACAGUUGACGGAUUUCUUUCACCGGAACGAGCGACAAAGGGUCACAAAACCUUUGUUGCCGUGGCUGAUUCGCAUUGUAGAGUGCGUUAGAGGGUCUGUGGUUGUGAAUGUUAGCUGUGAGCCUGGAUUUGGGUAUGCGACGGAGAAGCAUGUUGCUAAAGUUGAUGGGUUGGACGUCAAAGAUGAGACAUUGACGAAUAGUGAAUCUCAUCUCAAGAAAAGUCGAGUUGUGUUCACGUCAGAGAGUGGAUUUGAAGUUGACUUGCGCUCUGUUUCAGAUAGCGAGAAUCCAGUAAUACCAAUACAGUGGAAACUUAUUGAUGGCUCUCGCGGGCCAAAAGCCUUUGCAGAUUUCAAGCUAGAAGAGGGACAGAGUGUUGCCUUUGUCUUUCGUCAAACUGACACCAUCGCCGGCAAUUUGGAUCCGCUACUCACUUGGUCAUUGUUAUCAGCUCUCAAGGCUCAAACUAUGGAAUAUUGGUUGGAAUGGAUUCGAAAGUCAAAUUAUAAAGGAAGGCACCGAGAACUAGUUGAACGCAGUGCUCUGGUACUCAAACUACUGACGUAUGAACCAUCAGGUGCCAUUGUCGCAUCUCCAACAUUUGGACUACCUGAAGAGAUUGGUGGAGUGAGGAACUGGGAUUAUAGAUAUGUUUGGAUACGAGAUAGUGCGUUUUGCAUAUAUUCUUUCAUUCGUAUUGGGUUGACGGAUGAAGCUGAAGCUUACAUGAGGUGGAUUGAAGCAAGACUCAAGGAUGCGAAAGCUGACGGCUCCCUAUCCGUAAUGUACACCGUCGAUGGCGGCCGUGUCCCCGAAGAACGCAUACUCCCCCACCUAGAAGGAAACCGCGGCUCGAAACCAGUCCGAGUCGGCAACGGUGCACGCGACCACCUCCAGCUAGACAUAUACGGCGCACUAAUGGACUCUGUCUACCUCUACAACAAGUACCGUGCACCAAUCGGAUACGAUACCUGGGUAUCAGUACGAAAAAUCGUCAACUACAUCUGUGACAAUUUCCAUCGUCCUGAUAUGAGUAUAUGGGAGAUUCGUAGCAAUCCUCGUGAAUUUCUGUUUUCUAAAGUUAUGUGUUGGGUUGGUCUUGAUCGUGGUAUUCGCUUAUUGGAGAAGAGGAGUUUGCCUUGUGUAGAUCGGGCGAGGUGGUAUGCUGUGCGGGAUCAGAUCUAUGAAGAAAUCAUGACCAAAGGUUGGAAUCCGACUCUGCAAACUUUUACGCAAUCUUAUGAAGGACGUGAUGAAGGAACACUCGAUGCUGGAGUCCUAAUUAUGCCAAUGGUCUUUUUCUGCUCUCCGGUCGACCCACGAAUUCUGUCAACUAUAGCUCGAAUCAUGAAACCACCAGAGAAAGGUGGUCUCACGUUGAACGGACUCGUAUACCGAUACAAUCAUUGGUCUUAUCAUGAUGGAUUGACUGGUUCUGAAGGUGCUUUCCUGAUGUGUACAUUCUGGCUUGUCGAAGCUCUUACUCGAGCAGGCAAACAUGAUCCGUCACUGCUUCAGACAGCCCUCACAUUAUUUGAACAGACGGUAUCAUAUGGCAACUCUCUCAAUCUGUUUUCAGAACAAGUCACCAAGACCGGUGAAUGCCUCGGCAACUUCCCGCAAGCAUUCACGCAUCUCAGUCUCAUUUCAGCUAUAUUUAACUUGGACAGAAUGUUACCCUGA